GAACGCUUGCUCUCGGGUAGCGCUGAAUCCGGCUUGGGUUGGUGGUGGGAUGGCGGCAGAGGCGCAGCCCCUUCUGGGCAGGGACCGAGGCGGUGGCCAGGCCCGCUCUGAUGCCGCAGCCAGUCAGGAGCUCUGCAUAGACCAGGCUGUGGUCUUCGUUGAAGAUGCCAUACAGUACCGCUCCAUCUACCACCGCAUGGAUGCUGGAUCGUUGUGGCUUUACCGCUGGUAUUACUCGAAACUGUACCAACGAGUGCUGGGCUUCACCAUUUUCUUGAUCUUGGCCUUGGCUUUUGUGGAGUUCCCAUCAUCCUUCACAAGAACCGCAGAUUUGCGCUACCGCUCCCAGCCCUGGCAGCCGCCCUGUGGCCUGACCGAGACCAUCGAGGCAUUCUGCAUGCUGGUCUUCCUGGUUGACCUCUCUGUGAAGGGCUACCUGGUGGGGCAGGCCCAGUUACAGCAGCACCUGUGGCUGCUGGCCUACUUUGUGGUGCUGGUUGUAUCUGUGGUGGACUGGACUGUUUCACUGAGCCUCGCUUGUGAGGAGCCCCUGCGGGUGCGUCGGUCACUCCGUCCCUUCUUCCUGAUGCAGAAUUCCUCCAUGAUGAAGAAGACCCUGAAAUGCAUACGGUGGUCGCUGCCAGGAAUGGCCAGUGUCGGGCUGCUGCUGACCAUCCACCUGUGCCUCUUCACCAUCAUUGGGAUGCUGGUGUUCACCAUUGGUGAGACGGAUGAAGCCCAGGACAAGGAGAGGCUGGCCUAUUUCCAGAACCUUCCACAUGCACUGAUGUCACUCCUGCUGCUGUUGACGACUUCCAACAACCCAGAUGUGAUGAUUCCUGCAUAUAUCAAGAACCGGGCCUACGCCCUCUUCUUUAUAACCUUCACCUUGAUAGGAAGCUUGUUUCUGAUGAACCUGCUGACAGCCAUCAUCUACAGUCAGUUCCGUGGCUACCUGAUGAAGUCUCUACAGACCUCGUUGUUCCGCCGGCGGCUGGGGGCCCGUGCAGCCUAUGAAGUCCUUGCUAGAGACACCCCUGAGGCAGUUGGGGUAAAUCCUGAGGACUUCCUUCGAGUACUCCAGAAAACCCAGCUUUGCAAAAUCCACAAACAGGCCAUCAUGCAGAAGGUGCUCUCCUAUGAAGGCCGUCCAAUGCUGGCUGAUGAGUUCCAGAAACUCUUCGAUGAGGUUGACAAAGAUGUGAUCCAAGAGCGCCCGCCGAAGCCCCAGUACCAGUCUCCGUUUCUGCAGAGCGCCCAGUUCCUCUUCAGUCACUACUACUUCGACUACCUGGGGAGCAUCAUCGCUCUGGGAAACCUGUUGUCUAUCUGUGUGUUCCUGGUGCUGGACUCAGACUUGACGCCCGGGCAACGUGAUGACUUUGUUCUGGGAAUUCUUAACUACGUCUUCAUCUUGUACUACCUGCUGGAGCUGCUGCUCAAGGUGUUUGCGCUGGGCCUGUGGGGCUACCUGUCCUACCCUAGCAACGUGUUCGACGGCCUCCUCACCAUCCUCCUCCUGGUUUUGGAGAUUUCUACUCUGGCUGUAUACCGAUUGCCGCACUCAGGAUGGAUGCCCAAGCAGUAUGGCCCACUGUCGCUUUGGGACAUGACGCGGCUGGUGAACACACUGAUUGUGUUUCGAUUCUUGCGCAUUAUCCCCAACGUGAAGCCAAUGGCUGUGGUGGCCAGCACCAUCCUGGGCCUGAUCCAGAACUUGAGGGCAUUUGGUGGGAUCCUGCUGGUGGUAUACUACGUGUUUGCCAUCAUUGGGAUCAACCUAUUCAGAGGCAUCAUUGUACCUCCUGGAAACAGCAGCCUGGUGCCCAGUAACAGCUCAGCACCUUGUGGAAGCUUCGAGCAGCUAGAUUACUGGUCCAACAACUUUGAUGACUUUGCUGCUGCUCUGAUCACGCUGUGGAACGUGAUGGUGGUGAACAAUUGGCAGGUGAUCCUGGAUGCCUAUCAGCGCUACUCAGGCCCGUGGUCAGUGGUGUAUUUUGUGCUGUGGUGGUUGGUGUCCUCUGUCAUCUGGAUCAACCUGUCUCUGGCUCUGCUUCUGGAGAACUUUCUCCACAGAUGGGACCCCCAAAGUCAUAAGCAGCUCCUUGUUGGUACCCACCAGAUCAACUAUCAGAUGUCUGUGGAGCUCAUGUUCAGGGAUAUCCUAGAAGAGCCCAUGGAGGAGGAGCUGAUGGAGAACCUGCAUAAGCACCCGUACCUGAAGCUGUGUAGGUGACACCAGAGUGGCCUCCCAGCUGGGCUGGCAGGACAGAGAUGCUGACCUGGGGCCUGUGCUGUGGAGGCAGCAGCUGGUUAGAGACCAAGCCAGAAAAGACGGUGCCUGGGACAGACCACUCAGGGACAGACAGAGGCUGGGACAAGGACUGUGGCUGCUCAGCAGUAGCCACGGUGCAGUCUCUGUGGCCUUGGCAGACCGGUGGUCCACACUGCAGGGCUGCAUCCCUCCAUUUGCUGCUCUUCCAGGCUGCUUUGGUGAGACUUGCUAAGGAGAAGGGGUGAUUUUGCCCUCAGAGCCCCGGAAGAGAGAGGGCCCCAGCUCCAGCUGCCCUUGUUACCACAGCUUAUCUGCGCCUUCAGCGUUGGUGGCCUUUGGGAACCCACGCCUGCACAGGGUCUGUGGAGGGUAGCCGGCAGGUUUCGGGGCAUCAGGGUUGGUCUCACGUGUCGAGAAUGUCACCUCUUUGUUUCACAGUGUCCGUGGAUGUGAUCGGGUAUGCCUGGGGGUCACAGUGCCAAUCAUCUUUCUGAUUUGUAAAGAAUGAGCUUGUUUUUACUCUG